AUUGCUUCUCUGUGUGCAUAUUUAUAGGCCAAACUGAAGCCUCUGCUCUCAAGGGCCAGACUAACCAUUACCAGGAAAGUAGAAUGGGCAAGUAUCAUGUUUGCGUAUGCGCAGGAGUCCAGAUACAUCAUAAAGGAUCCACGCACUCCUCGGAGAAAAACUCCUGUGGGUUUAAUUCGAGAGAAAAGUAAUGUCAUCCUUAGGCAGCUACUUAGGACAAGGCGACCAUUCAUUGCAGAAUUUACUGAUGCCAAGGGUAAUGAGAUAUUCACGGUUCGCCGGCCUUUUAGGUGGAUCAACAGCUCCAUUUAUGCAGAAGUGAAUGGCAAGGAGGUAGGUGUAGUCCACAGUCGUUGGCAUCUUUGGCGUAGAAAUUAUGACUUGUACUUAGGGAAUAGGCAGUUUGCUGUGGUGGAGAAUCCUGGAUUUUGGAGCUGGUCCUUUACCCUGCUUGAUGAGGAUGAUAAUUUAGUAGCCAUAAUUGAUCGCAAGAUUAGGGGAGUUGGUUUGGAGAAAGAAUUGGAUUGCGAGUACUAG